UGAUGGCUACUCAUGGAGGUGGUUUUGUUCGGCUCCGCAAACGGUGAAAUUUGGAGCGAAUCGCAGAGUGCGGUGGAUCUGUUAGGUGGACUUUGGCGAUUCAGUAAUAUCUUGUGCAAAUCUCAAACCUGAAGAAGAAACCCCUGGUUCUCCGUUUGCAUCAAACGGGACGAUGCCUGCAGGCUUCCGCCCAGGGACAGGCCGCUGGACCAUCCGCCACCUUUGUUAGGGGCAUUGGGCCGUGGGGCGCGUGUGUGGACAUCAUGUUUGUGAGGAGCAGUAUUUGGAAAGACUGGGAGGACCUUGCUGCCCAUUGAUCACAAUGGAGACAAUUUGUCCAUUAAGUUGUUUUAACCUUUCACACCCCAUGUCUUACUCAUGAAGGGCGGCAGGAAAGGAAAGAAAAGGAAGCAAAUCCAAAUUUGAUAUCCAAAUCCCGUUGGCUCAGGAGACAACCUGCCCCAGUUGUCCAAAGAUUUGCAGUUCUGCUUUUCACAUUAAGACUCAAGGCAGUUCCUCACGACCCUGAGCAGUUGUCACCAUUGAGUCGAAAGACUGACAAUCACAUUGAGAGGCAGUGUGUGCAGUAGGGAGCAUUUGUGGUUGCCUGGGCCAGGAAGAAGGGAUAUUGUUACUUUCUAAAGUAAAAUAAAAGGCGCUGGAGAAACCCAGUAGGAUAGAGCAACAAUGUUAACAUUUACAAUCUGAUAUUGCUGUAUUCUAUUGCUGAACUGAUAGUGAUAGAUUUCAGAAAUUUCUUUCACUGAGGCUUGGAAGGGUGUGUAUAUACACAGAAAAAUAAAACAAAGGGAAUAAUUUGUAUGAGCUCUAAAUUUUUCUGACACUGUCUUUUCAAAACUUCUUUUCCAGUGUAUUUGAAGAGGAUUCACAGACUGGAGAUUCCAACCAAACAUCAUAUAAGAAUCUGACAGAAUUGGUGGAUUCAUCAGAUACCCGAUAUUAUUGGCCUUUGAGUAUUUCAGUCAAUAUUGCCAAUGCUCAGUGACCUGUGGAGAAGAUAAUGUUUGACCUUCCUGAACUGCUGCAGUCCAUGCGGUGAAGAUGCUCCCACAAUGCUGUUUGGGUAUUAGCAAGAGAGGCUUUGCAGUUGGGAAAUUACAUCACGUAUCACAUCAGGAUCUGAUGGUGUCACACAGUUUAUUCUAACUUGAAUAUCGUCAAUUUUGAAUAUGGAAGAUAAAAGUGCUAAUUACAAUGGGGAGAAAUCAUACACAUGUUCUGUGUUUGGACCAGGAUUCACACAAUCAUCUGGCCUCUCAGAACAUAAAUGUGGUCACACUGGGCAGAAACCAUGGAAGUGUAGAGACUGUGGGAAGAAUUUCAAAUCCCCCUCUGACCUGGAAAGACACCGGCGAAGUCACACUGGAGAGAGACCAUUCCCCUGUUCCAAAUGUGGAAAGGGAUUCACUCAGUUAUCCCACCUUCUGAAACACCAGCGACUUCACACUGGGGAGAGGGCUUUUAAAUGUCCGGACUGUGGGAAAUGCUUUAUAUGUUCCGAGGAGCUAAUGUCCCAUCAACGUGUUCACACGGACCAGAGACCAUUCAAGUGUUCUCACUGUGGGACUGGGUUCAGAUACUCAUCUCGACUUAUUGUACACCAGCGAGUCCACACUGGGGAGAGACCAUACAUCUGCUCCGAGUGUGGGAAGGGGUUCACUCGAUCAUCCAGCUUACUUACACACAAGCGAGUUCACACUGUGGAGGUACGUUUUAAAUGUCCAGACUGUGGGAAUUGCUUUGGAAGUUCCAGACAGCUGAUGUCGCAUCAAUGUGUUCACACUGACGAGAGACCGUUCAGAUGCUCUCACUGUGGGACUGGCUUCAGGCACUUAUCCCGACUCAUUGUACACCAGCGAGUUCACACUGGGGAGAAACCAUUCACCUGCUCUGUGUGUGGGAAAGGAUUCAGUCAGUCACGAUAUCUGCUGAGACACCAGCGAAUUCACACUGGGGAUAAACCAUUCUCCUGUUCAGAGUGUAAGAUGAGAUUCACUGAUUCAUCUACUCUGCUGAGACACCAGCAAGUUCACACUGGGGAAAGACCGUUCACCUGCUCUGAAUGUGGGAAAGGAUUCAUUUUGUCAUCCCACCUGCUAAUACACCAGCGGGUUCAUACUGGAGAGAGACCUUUCAAAUGCCCAGAUUGUGGGAAGUGCUACAAAACUUCUUGGGAACUGAUGACCCAUCAACGUAUUCACACUGGCGAAAGACCAUUCAGGUGCUCUCACUGUGGGACUGGGUUCAAACGAUCGUCUCAACUCACUGUCCACCAACGAGUUCACACUGGGGAGAGGCCAUUCACUUGCUCUGAAUGUGGGAAAGGAUUCACUCAUUCAUCGAACCUGCUGAGACACCAACAAGUUCACAAUCACCAGAAAUUCGAUACUGGAGAGACAGGGUGUAAGCAUUUCACGUGUGACAAGAUUUAUAAAAUCUCAUUCACUGACAGUGCUCCAGUUUACUCACUGUGGUUCCAUUCCAUUGACCUGGUUUCACUGUGGGAAGAGGGUCAGAUGAUUGUUGAACCUGCAGCAACACCAGCGAGUUCACACCAGGAAGAGGUCACUCACCUGCUCUGUGCAUCGUCCCACACAGGACCUUAUGAAGAGCUUUAUGAAGUUCAAGUCUACAUACCUCUUCGAAAAAUUCAGUCAAACCUCUCAAAACAUAAAUACAGGCACCAAAUGGAGAAACCGUGGAAAUGUGAGGACUGUGGGAAGGGAUUCCCUUCCCCAUCAAAGCUGGAAACUCAUUGGCGCAGUCACACCGGGGAGAAGCCAUUCACCUGCUCGAAGUGUGGGAAGGGAUUUACCCAGUUACCCCACCUACUGACACACCAGCGAGUUCAUACUGGGGAGCGACCUUUUAAAUGCUUCCAGUGUUGGAAAGGAUUCACUCAAUUAGGUCACCUACUGACACACCAGAGAGUUCACACUGAUGAGAAACCCUUCAUCUGCACUCAAUGUGGGAAGAGUUUCAGGCAUUCAGACAGCCUCAUUACACACCAGAGAGUUCACACUGGGGAGAGGCCAUUCACCUGCUGCCACUGUGGGAAGGGAUUCACUCAGUUCGGUACCCUGUUGACACACCAACGAGUCCACACCGGGGAGAGACCAUUCAUCUGCUCCAUGUGUUGGAAGGGAUUCACUACCUCAUCUCACCUGCGGAGACACCAGCAAGCUCACCAUUGAUGAGAGAUACUGGAUUGCGUCGUUCCUGCUGCUGUUGAUCAGGACGGUCAGAGAAACCAGCAAUCAUUGUGAAAGCCCUGUUGCUGUGGAGAAGAUGGUGUUUGACGUUCUUGUACUGCUGCAGUUUGUGUGGCGAAGGCAGUCCUACAAUGCGGUUAGAUUCCACCGUCUGCUGAGGUGGGAUUCGAACCCAGACUUCAGUUGUACGUUUUAAUAUUCUGGAUAAAAGUUAAGUACAUCAGGAUAUUAGAAGUGGGCUUUCAGGUGGGAAUCUCAAUAAUUGCAAUGCCAAACUCUGACAGAAUUACUCAGUUCACCAGGACCUGGAUAUUUGCAUUGUGUCCAUUCGUGGAAAGAUCGCAUGGAUUAUUUGGCAGAGCUCUUUGAGAAACUACAGGAGGUAAAGUUGUUCAUGAAAUUGGCAAAAACAAAAUUCGUGAAGGUGAAAGUGACACUUUUGGGGCACGACUUCAGACAUGGACAGAUAACACAGAGGAACGUGAAGACAAACGCCAUCGAGGAAUCCUCAAGAAUAAAGUGCUACGAUUUUUAGGAUUAAAUGCAUUCUACAGGAAAUCUUUUACCAAACUUUAGUAACAUGUUGGUACCGCUGAUGGAUUUGUUAAACAAAAAGAACAUGAAAUGUCAGUGCACAGAACAGUUCCAGGAGGCAAUUUUAAAAACUGAAAAGCAGUAUUAACCACCAAUUUUAGCCAUACCAAAUUUUUGAAAACACUUCAAAGUCACCAUUGAUGCAAGUGAUCUAGGGGUUGGAGCUGUAUUGUUACUGAAGGAUGAUUGUGGUAUUGAAAGGCCAAUUGGUUAUUUUUCAAAGAAGCUCAACAUACACCAGAAAAAAAUGUAUUCAACCAUUGAAAAAGAGCUAUUUAAUUUGAUACUGGCCUUACAACAUUUUAAUGUUUACAUUGCAAACAGUGCAUCAGAGAUGAUUGUGCAUAUUGAUCACAAUCCUUUGACAUUCCUGGAAAGAUUUAAGGACAAGAACACCAGAACAUUUCAUUGUAAUCUUAUGCUACAGGUAUUUAAUUUACAGAUUGUACAUGUUCUGAGUCGUGAAAAUAUUUUGACGGAUGCUUUAUCACCGAUUUAAAAGAAAUGUGUUUAUAUUGGAUAGAAACGGUAGUG